UGAGAUCUUUCCCGCGUUUCUCGUCUCCUAAUCAAUAUUUUCCUUCGAACUUACGUCGCUUUGUCACUCCUACAUAGAUACAAUGAAGUCUUCCAAUUUACGCGCGUCGUUGUUUCUCAGCAUUGCGCUUAUAACGUCGAAUGUCUUUGCUCAAGGCCUUCCUGCUUGUGCACAACAAUGCGUCGGUGUCACAAAAACCACGUGUAAAAACACAGACUUUGUCUGCGCUUGUUCCGAUGGCGAUUACAUCCCCCGGUUGAUGAAAUGCGUGACCGCCUCGUGUGAGGGUGGACCAUUGAGUGAAGCACAAAACUUCCUUCGCGAGCUGUGCGCAGCCGUUGGUUCUCCGAUUGAAGACUCAACCGAAACUACUGGGGACCGUCUCGAACUCCGUUUCCCCGAUCUUGAAGACCGUGCAGCUGGCCCAAGUGGGUUCCCAGAAAGCGGUAUCGACAUCUCGGUCUCGCUUUUCGACUCCUCCACAUCAUUUGAUGCUUCUUUCACUAGCUCAAGAACAUCAAUCCCGACCGGCACUUCACGAGCUACGAACAGCCCUAUCGAGACGGGGCCCUCGAAUUCAAACAACGGUGGUGGAGGUGGUCUUAGUACUGGUGCCAAAGUUGGCAUCGGUUUGGGAGUUCCUCUAGGAAUAAUUAUACUAGCUGGACUAGUUGGACUAGGGUUCUGGCUUGGGAAACGGAACAGAAAGAAUGCCGCGAUAGCUCAGCAACCACAAAUGGCUGGACCUGGGCCAGCGGAACUCGAUUCGAGUGGACAAGUCUUGGGAGCGGAGAUGGCAACGAAGAGCAACGUGCCAGAGAUGCCUGCUGCGCCUGUACAAGGAUAUCAUGUGCCUGAAGUACAGCAGCAGUAUUAUCCUGGAGUACAGCAACCUUAUAAUCCUGCUGAAUUGCCGGAGAGGAGAUAAAUAAGAGAUAUACGCGUAGAAG